UCCUGUCACUCUGCUCCUCCCGUUCCUCCUCCUUUCGGGGAUCAGAAAGUCCUCUGCGCUCAGUGGCGCACGGACGCGUUUGGAGCGGCGCGCUCGGGAGUCUCCGCUCGAUCAGAUAAAACUUCUGCAACUUAAACAACGAGACCCGCUUUGAAAGUGCACCGUCUGGACGCUUUUGGAUUUUGCCUUCUUGGUGGGUUCACUCAAUAAAGAUGUUUGUUUCCCAGAGCGCUGGCACAAUGGGCGCGUUCUGCCCCAGAUCGACAGAUUAGAGAGUGGAAAUCUUGACUCCGAGGGUGUUUUUUUUUUUUUUUUUGCACUGAGAUCUCAGCGUUUCACCACAGAUAGAGAGAAGAACAGCCAUGGAUUUGGGAAAUGAUGUGGAUUUAUCCAACAACAACAUCACACCUUUGUGGAGGCGGCGCACAGACCUCAGUGAAGGUCCCCAAGACUUGAACAAACUCAAGCCACGACCUGCGAGCUACCACGUAAACGGGGUCACGACUGCAGACUUCCCUGCGGGGGACGAUGGACGCUCCUUCACCUUGAGCCAGCCGGCCCAGCCUUUAAAUGCAAACACUGUGGUGUUAAAGCAUGUUUUGCACAGACCCUCGGAAAAAAAGCGCAUCGUUCGGAGCAUUAGCAUUGGGCGCCUCUACAAUGGACGCUUCUCGUUGUCCAAGUUUAGGGCUGAGGAUAAAAGCGCUACACUGGACAACAGGGUGUGUAAUGGAGGUAGCAACAGAAGAAAUAACCAGAAUGGAAGUGUUUGCUCUGAAAAUCAUCACCAGGACAUGCAGAGGUCGACCACAAACCCUCUUGAUCUUGACUUGGAGAAAGACCAUAUCUCCUCUGGGACAAAUACACCCUCACCUGAAACUCCUACCGACAAUUGUUCUUCACACGUCCAUUCUCCACACUCGCCAAAUAACUACCACUACGAGCUGUCUUCACAGUCAUCGGCAUCCAGCUCCUCAUCUCCAGGGUAUGGUACCCUCACCCCCUCUCACAGCUCCUCUUCAAGCAUCCCCUCCCUUUCAUCUUUAACCUCCUCAGACCCUCCGACGCCCCGCUCCCCAUCGCCAGCUGACAGAGGGAAUUCAUUGCAGUCUCAGACAACCUCCCCAGCAUCCUCAUACGACACCCUGUACGCCUCCUCCUCUUCCUCCAGCUUCUCCACAUCACCGUCGCUUUCCCCAACUGCAUCCCCCUGUCCCACCAUUGUCCUUAGCACUAACAGCCCUGCUGCCUUGAAGAUGGGCACCCAGCAGCUUAUUCCCAAAGGACUGGCAUGCGGUAUCCGACAAACCAAGGCGCCUCCUACUGGGACCCAACGGCUGGGAUUGGACCAUUCCAAACGAGCAAUGAAAGUUCUUAGCAUGGUGGAAGCAGGAGGUUACUUUUCUACCGGAGGGGGCCACACCGAAGAGGCAGAGGGAGAGAACGAAAGCCCAGGGGCAUUACGGAGAGGUUUGAGGAGUACGUCUUACAGGAGGGCAGUUGUGAGUGAAGUAGACAAGGACGUUUCCUCGGUUGAGUUAAAGAUGCCUGUCAUGGAAGGGCUUGAAAACCCUGGUUCACCCACCAGCUCAACAAACUUUGCCACCUUAAGUCCAACAAGUGCCGAAGCACCAAAAGCUGCCAGCCCCAGGAUUUCAAAGUCUUCUAGCCCUCGGAUGGAUAAAACUAAAAGCAACAAGAAAAGCAAGAUUCCAAACAGGAAGAAGUUGACGUCUCAACGGACAUUUGACAGUGAAGAAGAGGAGCUCUACCAGAACUACCAGGAGAAGGCCCUGCAUAAUGACUCCGAUGAGGAUGCUGAUUCAAGGGGACCCAAGCCCGAUCAAGGCAUCGUUGUGCAGUACAGGCCCAUACGUACCUCUUGGAGCCAACUGAGCGUGGUAAAGAAAAAUGGUCUGGCUGACCAGCUGAGUCAGGAGGAACGCAAAAGACAAGAGGCCAUCUUCGAAUUGAUCUCAUCGGAGCACUCCUACCUCCACAGCUUGGAGAUUCUCAUCCGUAUGUUCAAGAACUCACCGGAGCUCAGUGAGGCGAUGACCAAGAUCGAACACCACCACCUCUUCUCCAACAUCUUGGACGUCUGCGAGGCUAGCAAAAAGUUCUUUAAGGAGCUGGAGGACAGACACCAACAGAGCAUAGUCAUCGAUGACAUCAGCGACAUUGUUUGCAAGCACGCCGAGUCAACCUUCGACCCUUACAUCAAGUACUGCUCCAAUGAGGUGUACCAGCAGAGAACACUGCAGAAGCUGGUCGGUGCCAAGAAUUCUGCUUUCAAAGAGGUACUGACCAGGUUGGAGGGCCACCCAGACUGCAGGAGCCUCCCAAUGAUCUCCUUCCUCAUCCUGCCCAUGCAGAGGAUCACUCGCCUGCCUCUGCUCUUGGACACCAUCUGUCAGAAGACGUCAAAAGACUCGGCACGCUAUGAAACAUGCAAGAAAGCCUUGCAAGCCGUGAGCAAGGUGGUACGGAAAUGCAACGAAGGCGCCCGCACAAUGGAGAGAACAGAGAUGAUGUACACAAUCAGCACUCAGCUGGAGUUCAAGAUUAAGCCUUUCCCGCUGGUCUCAUCCUCCAGGUGGAUGGUAAAAAGAGGCGAGCUGACUGCAUUCGUGGAAGACAGCGGCAUCUUCACGAAGCGCAAAUCCCGACACCACGUCUACUUCUUCCUCUUCAACGACGUUCUCAUCGUCACCAAGAAGAAGGGUGAGGACAGCCACACGGUCAUAGACUACGCCCUGCGGGAUCAGAUCCAAGUAGGCAGCAGUCAGCCCGAGGACGUUCACCUCUCCCCGGCCAAAAGUCCCACGAUCAUGCUGAGCUCACGGCAGGUUGGCGCAAACCAUCUCUUCCGGCUGUGUUUCCGUAGCAACCACUCCAGCGAGAAGGUGGCGAUGAUCCUCGGAACGGAGUUGGAGAAUGAGCGUGCGCGCUGGAUCAGUGCCCUGGGCCAGAAUGACAACGACGAGAGGAGACACGACAGAACCAAUGUUAUGCAGGUUGAGGUGAUAAGAACGUACACGGCGAAGCAGCCAGACGAGCUGUCUCUGCAGGUGGCCGACGUGGUGCUGGUCUCCCAGCAUGUGGACGGCUGGUACGAAGGCGAGCGGCUGCGCGACGGCGAGGCCGGGUGGUUUCCUGCAGAGUGCGGCGAGGCCAUCACGUGCCAGGCCACCAUCGAACGCAACAUGCAGAGGAUGGACCGGCUGCAGGGGCUGGAGACGAACGUGUGAGCCGCGCUGACCGAGAGACCGUCAGACUGAACUUUUUGGCUGCGGCUUCAGCACCUGCCCGAGUUUCAUCCUGUUUAGCACCGACACGGGUGGGGGGGGGGGGGGGGGGGGGGAGAGAACAAAAACAAAACCGGAUUCCUUUAAUGAGUUAUCGCUCUCCGAGUGGGUGGACGUGGGCCCUGACAGUGGGGAUAUGUCACACUGAUUAAUUCUCCAGCUAGCUGAGGAGAAACUUCACGCCCACCGCAGCCGAAGCAGCUGCUUUCAGCACGUAACAACUGUUGUUGUUAAAUUUACAAAUGUCUUUUUUUUUUUCCUCCUCCUUUUUCUCUUGUAAACGCCGUGCUGCGUAAUGAGUACAGUGGCGCUACGGGAGGUAAAGCAAACCCAAUUAGAGAGAAUCUGACGGCAGCCCGGGCGCGAGCCCCGCUAACGAGACUCCGGCCGGGCGAUAAUAGGCUUUUCCCCCCCGGUAACUUGUGUUGCUACAAGCUGGAAGUGUGUUUCAAGCAACAGCUGAGCAGAAGAUCAAAUCGAAAUCCAUAUGUAAAUACAGCUGUAAAUACUCAUAACUGAUUGGAAAAAAAAUACCCAACACAACAAAAAAACAGCUAAUUACAGCCAUCAGGGAAGAAGGGAUCUAUUACGGCAUGCAGUUGAGGAAAAGAGCCCAGUAUCUGCACUCCAACUUGCCGUUUGUCAGCGGUUAAUGUCACCCUCAUGAAUCAGACUCUUACAUUUAUGUCUCAAGCACCAUUCAUCCCUCCCCUCCUCACGCCCCAUCAAUUCUGCAGUUUGAACGGCGAGAAAUGUCACUAUUGAUGCAAGCCAGACGUGGCGGUGUACAAAUAAUCCCAUGUAUGUAUAUUUUAUGAAUGCUUGGGACGCCAGAGAAAUUGUGCGUCCGCCGUCGGUGAGACCAGACCCCUGCCUGGCCCCUGCUUUUAAUGCGAUUAUCCAGUGUGUGAGUCAUCAUUUAUUGUUGCCUGGCUAAAGGGAGAAAAAGAAAAAGAAAAUGGCCUGACCAGCGGAUGGCGAUAACACAAUUUAUCAAGCCAACAGCUCUGGACCCAACACUGAUGUUGACCACAAGCUGAGGUUUUGUUGUACAGAAGAAACCCCUCCCUCCCUCCACCCUGCCAAACGGACACACACCUCUUGGAAUCGUCGGCUUUACGUUUGCACUGAGGGGGAAAAAAAAACACAAAAAAAACCGAGAGAAAUUGAUGCAUGAACUUCUUUUGCUUCGACAAAUUCCUCCCUUUGUAACUAAUUAAAAAAGACAAAGAAAAAAAACCUGAUUUGCAUUGUAAAUAUGUACAGUAACAUUUGUGUUUUCUUAAUUACAGAUUUAUAUUGGAAGAAAAGAAAAAGCCAUUUUAAUUAGUCUCUUAAUAAAAGUGUAAUUGCUUUC